AAAAUGAAGUUCAAAAUUUACUCUACAAAAGAAUCGAAAUCCAAGGAAGCAGUUUCCGCCUUGGGUUGGUGCAACAACGAAGAAAUCUACAGCUGCAGCGAAGACCAUCAGCUGUACCGGUGGACAUCCUCAAACAGGGAAUUUAUGCAAGUGGCAAAGCUGCCGGAUGAUUUCAAUCCAACCGACUUGCACUGGUUGCUACCGAAAGGGGCCGCUGUUACCAGUUCCGGUGGAGCCGGUGCUAAGGGAAGUGAUACCUUACUGAUUUCCAGUGCCGAUGGACGGUUCAUUAUUUUGAACAAAAGUGCCCGCGUCGAGAGAAACGUAGCAGCCCACAAUGCAACCAUUGUUUCCGGACGGUGGAGUCCCGAUGGUGCUGGAUUGCUGACGGCCGGUGAGGAUGGUAUUAUCAAAAUUUGGUCACGCUCGGGAAUGCUCCGAUCGACAGUGGUACAGCACGAGGGACAGAUUCGCUGUGCCAGGUGGGCACCUAAUGCCACGGCCAUUGCCUACUGUCAGGGACCGUUUGUGGCCAUCAAACCGUUGGCGGCCAACAGCAAACUCACCAAAUGGAGAGCUCACGAUGGUUUGGUGCUGUGCAUUGCUUGGUCGAACAACACGGACAUGGUGGCAUCGGGCGGCGAAGAUUGCCGGUACAAAAUUUGGGACACUCAAGGCGCCAAUAUCUAUACCAGCGUGAGUGAUGAUUAUGCGAUUACCUCACUGGAUUUCAGUCCCGAUGGCGAGUUGCUUGCUGUGGGUGGAUUCAAUAUGCUCAAACUGUGCCAUUAUUCAGGGUGGAGCCACAGCAUCAACCGAUUCAACCAGGAAACGGUUGGCUCAAUGUUUAACAUCGUUUGGUCUUCGGAUGGGACGCAGAUAACGGCUGGAACCAGCACAGGAAUUAUAUUAUUCGGACAUAUUAUCGAACGAGAACUUCGCAACCGCAAUCUGAAGGCAACAACAACCGGUCGGAAGACGAUCACCCUCCACGACAUAGUGGCAAGGACGAAAGAUACUCUUGACUUUUCCGAACGGGUCAUCAAAUGGGAACUGGGCUAUGGACAUCUGGUGGUCGCCACAGCUCAUCAAGUACAUAUCUUCAAUGAAAAUUAUAUCAACACUCCGAUCAUAAUCGACGGACGAACAGAGAUCAAAAUCAUUGUUCUAGGCAAGAAAAACUUUCUUCUGGUGGACAACACAUCGAUAUGGAUCUACACCUACACCGGCCGGCUACAUUUGAACCCUCGAUUCCCAGCAUCGCAAUCGCAAAUUCCGCAUCUCAACAAUCGCUGUAUUUCUCUGGGCUUGGAUACGUUAGCCAUACGUGAUUACUCGGAUCAAUCGAUUAUACACGUGUUCGAUCUUUUGCCAAGCGCAAGCCGACAGGAAGAACCCUACACGAUUCAAAACAAGUCACCAAUGGUGGAAGUCGCCGUUUGUCGUUUCGGCAAUCCCGACGAUCAGUAUCUCGUAUUCAUUGACGUAAAUCGAGAUCUUUUUAUUACAUGCGUUCGGAGUGGGCCGGAUUACGCAAUCCAUAAGAUUGGAACACAAGUUUGCACAGUUAUGUGGUCCAGCGAUACAAACAUCCUCGUAGGCUUACACGAUUCAUGCUACAGUGUAUGGUACUGUCCAGGGGAGGCAUGUACCGAUCCGACGCUAAUCGCGCUUACAACGUUCACUUUUGACACGAGUGAGUUCGGUAAGAACAUAACUUUGGAGAACUUUGAAGGGGCGAAUGUAACGUUUCGUAGUUCCGGAGCCAUCUUCACCGUUUCUGUGAAAAUGUAUUGUGUAAUUUUGCAUAAACUAUUCGCUGAUAACUCUUGGGAGCGAGCAUUGAAACUAUGCCGAUUGGUUCAGAAUCAAAUAUUAUGGGCUACUCUGGCUGCGAUGGCAUCCAAGAGGAACCAACUGGAGAUCAGCGAGGAAGCAUUCUCCGCUGCAUUGCAAAUCGAUAAGGUGAACUAUUUGGCCUAUAUGAACGAUUUGGCCCAUUCCAGUCCGGAACAGAUGGCUGAAAAUUCCAUAAUGAACGGGAGGAUCCAGGAAGCGGAAAUUAUAUUGCUUCACAAUAAGAAGAUACCUGAAGCCAUUCGGUUCUGUUUGAGAAUGCAUCGCUGGAGCCGCGCCCUGGAGAUUGCUCAGAAAAACGACGCAUUUAUGGAAGUGGUGAUGAAAGAGCGCCAAAAGUACCUGCAAGCGCUCGGACGGGAAGAGUACGACCCAACCUAUUUAAAGUUGCAGUAA